GUUUUGAUGUACUCUUAUUCCCACAUCAAGCAAUAAUGCAUUCUGAUGCUGAGUAAAGAGCUUACAGCCAUUAAAAUAAAUGUUUCAUAAAGUAGUUAUUGUAAUCUAAGCAUUAUGUCUAAAAUGAGUUAUUUCAAUAGUUGUUUUGAUAGUAUCCAGUGCCACUUUGAUGCUCACCAAGGAACCAAAAAAUUUGAAUAACUCCUCUUGGAUAUUUUCUGGUUAUGAUGCAAUAAUUUUCUCUACUCUUGCGUGUAUUUUUCAAUUCACAUGUUCAUUUCAUUUUUUAAUUCAGUUUACAUCCCAGAGCAUGCUGUAUUUGUAAUGUGAAUACAAUCUACUUUUGAAAGUAUACAUUUGUUAAAGCUCAGUAUGUCUUUUAAAGACAACUUCACAAGAAGUAUUUGAAUAUUUUAUUAGAGAAACUAUGCACUGUACAAAAAAAAAAAAGAAAAAAAUGAAAAAAAGAAAAAUGUAAAAGAAAAGAAAAAAUAGAACAACUAAGCUGUAACUUAGCAACUGCUUCCAGGCUACAUAAUCAGAGGAUUGUGUAGGAUGUUAGUGAACUUAAAAAUAUUCCAAAAAUGAAAAAAUAUUCUAGUUUCUUAUUGUUAUCCCUCAUUAUUUUUUGUUAACUAAAAUCUACUGUUAACUGACAGCAAAAUGACUACCAAAUUAUAACUUACGACCAAAACACUCUCAUCAAAAGAGAUUCCUUUAGUAAUAAAUCUUUAAUUUUUAAAGCAUCCGUGUUAAGUUCUCUGUAGCCUAAUUCAGCGGCAUGCUCCAGCUUUCCGUAAGAUUACAUUUAAUUAAGGUACACAUGGAGUGGUUUAUGGUACAAGCAACAUCCUAAAUGGACACUUUGCAAUGGAAGAUCCACCAGCAGUCUGAAGGUUAAGGUAAGUAUACAGUAUGUGAAGAAAAUAUUCCAGGGUAAGGCAUACUUAUACUUACUGAAGCAGAUGCAGACAACCUGUCACAUAGCAACCUUUAAUGCUUUUAGUAAUUUCCUAUAACAUUUGUUUUUCAGAACUAUUUGUAAAAAUUCUGCAGGCAUAGAUAUCAAUGAAACAGUAUAGAGAAAUAGGGAGACAGACAGACUAUAGACUGCUAUAGGAAAUCUGUUCCAUGAUGUUUGCAGAUUUUGUUCAGUUCUAAAAUCUAUGCAUUUUUACAAAAAAAAAACAAAAAAAAAAAAACAAAAAAAAUUAUAUAUAUAUAAUAAUAAUAAUCUAUGCAUUUUUAUUUUCCUAUAAAAGGGUUAUAAAACAAUAACAAGUAUAAAUCAGAGUAUAUUUUAAAAAGCUAAUGAAUAGGUGUGGUAAUCUGAGAAGGGAGGAAAUGAAUUAUCUUAUCCCUGCCUGAGAGAGAGAGCUAUGAAUUGGAGAUGCACGUAGAAUGACUGUGACGCCAGCAUUUGAUGCAAGACCGAAAGACGGUAGGCGGACCCUUCAGAUGGGUCUGUUUCGGAAUGGGAUACUGACUGUCACUUCAAUUCACCUUGGCAAGAGCUAACACACCCGAUUAAAGCGUUAAAGUGAAGCAAGAUACGAGAAGUGAAGGCACGUUUGACAAGAGUUCAUCAAAAAUCCCAACAGUGACGCCCAACUAAUUCAAAGAGAACCAGCGAUGUUUUACAAAAACACGAUUCAAUGAAUGGCACCUUUCAUCAGUAUAUCCACAAGAACCUCAUAUCACCAGGAAUGCGGGGGAAAGCUGACUUCAGAACUGCAGCAACCUUAUAGGAUCGAGUGCGCUUGAAGCGGAAAUCGAAGUGAGCUGUCCAGGGUCCUGAAAACGCGCCAAACCAUGGGUAUACAACACUUUCUGGUGCUUCUCAUUUAUCUGGAUCCACUGAACGUGUUUUGUACUUUGACGGCCAAACGAGUCAAACCUGCGCCCAAAAGGACUCAGAAGCCGAAAGAACUGAACAACAACACCACCACCGUCGUACCUUCAGCGUCCACGCAGCGGAUCACGCAGGUCCAUCCGUUGCACACCCACGAGACCUGCCUGGGUUACUACGACGUGAGCGGACAGUUCGAUAAGGAGUUCGAGUGCAAUAACACCGACCACCGCUACUGCUGCGGCUCGUGUUACUUGCGCUUCUGUUGCCAAUUUAAAGGCAACCGGUUAGAGCAGAGAACAUGCAAGAAUUACCAAAAACCGGACUGGGUGAAAACUGUGCCCCCAUCUCCUGUUCCAACAGGUGAUACUUAUGAUCCGAGUAUGGACCAAACGAACACCGCGGUGUACAUUACCUGUGGUGUGAUUGCUUUUAUUAUAGUCCUUGGGGUUUCAACAAAAGUCGCAUAUGACAAAGCAACCCAACCGCCUCAGGAAAUGAACAUUCACAGAGCCCUAGCAGAUAUACUUAGACAACAAGGUCCAAUUCCUAUAUCACAGUACGACUGUGAAAACUUUGCGGCAAUGAACAGCUCACCCAAAGACAACACGCCACAGCGAACGGGAUCCAAAAACCACUAUACCCCUGUUCACAGCUCAAAAUCAAAUCAUGGUGGGCAUUAUUCGAAAGAGAGCACUCGAGGGGGUGGCCAUGACCUUCACAACUUCAUAUCUUCUGGAUUUGUGACGCUUGGCCGAAGCAGUGCAAAAGGGGAAAAACACUGGCCGGUGCGGUCUCAGAGUCACCAUGGAGCGCAUCAACAUAACUUCAACCAUCUUGGUCUCAGCAGCCCAACUCGAACACCUAAAAAUGCUCACAGAUCUCUAAGGCAUGAGAGCACACGAAUGAACAACAUCCUCACGUCACAGACCGAGCCGUACGAUCUGUCCUUCUCUCGAUCCUUCCAGAGUCUCUCCCACCUCCCCCCUUCUUACGAAUCUGCCGUGAAAGCUGAUCUCAACAAAUACUCCUCACUCAAGAGACUAACGGAUAAGGACAUGGAUGACUACUAUAGCAGGAAGAGGCAUCUUCCAGACCUAGCGGCUCGAGAAACCCUUCCCUUGCACAUGAUAAAGACAAACCAAGAGUCCCAGAGCAGUCAGCAGGUCCAGCAACAGCAGCAAAAACAGCAGCAACAACAACCGCCCCGCCAGCGUCCCCGCAGAGUUCAGAGAGCCAUGUCCCAGGACCGCGUGUUGUCCCCUGAGCGCAGCUACGCAAACGACUACGCCAUGACCUCCUACAGCAUGUCCCCUUACGGGGGACGAAUCCUCUCCGACGAGCAACUCCUCUCUGCUGAGCGCCUGCGUUCCCAUGAACGGCUUGUCUCCCAAGACCGCCUCCACUCACAAGACCGCCAUUAUUCCCAGGACCGCAUCCACACGCAAGACCGAUUGAUGUCACAGGAACGCCACCAUUCUCAGGAACGUCUCCAUUCCCAAGAACGCCUUUACUCACAAGACCUACUCUACUCGCAAGACCGCCUGCACUCCCAGGAUCCGCUUAUCUCUCCCGACAAGAUGAUGUCCAUCAAACGCUCCGGGUUCCUCAGCGAAAAGUCCAUGUCCAGAGCUAUAUCCCACACGGACGUGUUCAUGCCCACCACGCCCAUCCUGGAUCGGUACAAGAUGACAAAAAUGCACUCCCAUCCCAGUGCCUCAAACAACACCACACAGAACACUUUAACCAUGAACCAGACAGCCUCCAAGAGGCAGGCUUUUGCCUCGCGUCGCACGCAGACGGUGGAGCAGCUCCACUACAUUCCACAACAACAUCACCAUCACUACCGUACAGGGAGCAAGACUGAAGUAACUGUUUAACCACUCAGAAGCCUCCAGGAAUAAUUGAACCACAAUCUCAAGCUACAACAGCAGUGUUCAAGAGCUGUCUCAAAUACAAUUCUUUUCUGCAGCUCUUCAGUAACUGUCCCAGCACCAGCUACUCUAAAGUUAUUACUGAGACAAUUCUGUAUGCAUACCCAUUUAUAUGUGUUUGUAGAUCACAAAAAAAGGAUGGACACAUAGAGAACACAGAUUCUGCAUUCAUAAGGGCUUUGCAUGGUGACUCACAAAGACCGACAAAUGACAUCACAUCAGAAGAUGUGAAAGAACGAUAUGGACAUGGAACAAAACUGUAUAAUUUAUAUAUAUAUAUAUAUAUACAUAUAUAAAUAUAAAUACUGUUUGUACUUCCAGUCCUAGUCAAUAGCUUUAGGAGUUCUUAUAAUGUUCGCACUUCUAUUGGUGCCGCUACAAAAAUGUUCCAUUUCAACAACGAAGUGGUUUUGUGGGUUAAAAAGCACAAUCAAGUAACAGUUGCAUUUUGUUCUGUUUCAUUCAUUUGUUUGGUUGGUGAUGGCUAGCACAUAUCAGUUUGUUUUUUAAAUUAAUGGCCAAUUAUUUUGCAAAGAUGAUUGUAAAUAAGCUCUUUUAGCCACAGUAAAUGGACAAGUCUGUUCUGGUCGGCAUUUGUUUUAUUGUAGUUUGAUUUAGAGUGAUUCAAGAGUUCAGAAUUAUAGAUGACCCACUAACCCAGUGUUGGACAAUUUAAAGUAAUAUGAUACUGUGUGUGUCUUUUCAAAUGUGUUUGUAGAAUGAGAACUGGGUGAAUGUUGUUGAAAAAAAAAUGACAAAACUGUUGAUAUCUGGCUGUAGACUGUGUUGCAGUGACUCACAAGACAAAAUGAGUAUAUUAUGCUUGUUGUUGUAGUUUCAAAUAAACCAUCCUUAUUUUUCUAAACAUGAAAAUGUACAUGGAAAAAAGUAUAUUAUGUGCCUCAAACUACAUUAAACAUUGAAAUAUUUA